AUGUUUCAGCGAGCACGAUAUCCUCCAGCUCGGCAGAUAUUGUCCUCUGCUGGAGAAGAUGAGUAUCCCAUCUGUCGCACCCAAGGAGACGCUCGGGAAGUAGCUCUCUACAAGGCCUUGGGCACAAUCAGAAACCUGAAGUUCCUCGACCUGGAAUUGAACGUAUCUGAUCCAAGCCUGUACCAGGAGAACGCUUCCAUCGAUCCAGACUGGGACGACUUUGACAAUCAAUACACCGAGGAAGGUCUCGAAGGCAUCAAUCGAAGCCGCAAUGGACAUAUCCGGAACCUUCUGGUCAAUACCCUCAUUGACGAACCACUUGCGUCCUCGAUCUUCGAGGUGAUUUCGGCUGCAGAGUCCCACGACGCACCACUCCUUGAACGGCUGACUUGUCAAUAA